AUGAUACUAUUCAAACUACCACAUCAUAUAACCGCUCCCAUUCACUUCAAACGUUUCAAAUCCGACAAGAGUCUCAAAAAUUACGUGAAUCGAGUCCAAGGUGAUAGUUUUGUCAGUCAAAGAAAAACCAGUCUUUAUAAAUCCCGAGCUGCUUUCAAACUCGAAGAAAUCGAUGAUAAACUACAUAUAUUCAAAAAUGGAACAAGAAAUAUAGUAGAUUUAGGAUUUGCCCCAGGAGCAUGGACUCAAGUUGCUGUUAAUCGACUAGAAUCCAAAAAUUUACCAUACAAUAUUUUGGGAGUAGAUAUUAAUCCUGCCAGUCCCGUUAGAGGAUGCCAUUAUAUUCAAGGUGAUGUAACUAAGAAAUCAACCCAAACAAAAAUUCUAGAGUUUUUCAAAAGAUGUGAUGUAUUAGACAAAAUCACAUUUGAAGAAGACGAGUAUAAACAUAUUGAUCUUGUUAUGUCUGAUAUGAUGGUUAAUACUACUGGAUCAUCGGUUAAUGAUCAUUACGGCAGUAUCUAUUUAUGUAACGCUGCUUUGCAUUUAGCUUUUCACCAAUUAAAACCAGGGAAGGAUUUUGUGGUUAAAAUUUUCAAUGGAUCAGAGUUGGAUCUGUUUCAAGCAAGAUUGAAGUUGAUGUUUGCACAAGUUCACGCGGUUAAACCUAGAGCUAGUAAAGAUGUACUGAGUGAAUUAUAUCUAGUAGGCAGAAAGAAGUACGAUAUGAAAGAAAAAGGGAUUACCAUUGAACAGUUAUUUGGAUGA